CUGCCUCAUAGGGUCACUAGAAGAGUUACCACACAAGAGCCUGGCACAGAGGAGACCCUAGUAAACACAAUGCCACCCUUCUCCCUGGGAGCUGCAGCUGGUGCGGGGGAUGUGACCAGGACCCAGGGAGCCUCUGGAAGCAUGGAGACCGUGGUCAUUGUUGCUAUAGGUAUGCUGGCCACCAUCUUUCUGGCCUCCUUUGCAGCCUUGGUGGUGGUUUGCAGGCAGCGCUACUGCCGGCCUCGGGACCUGCUACAGCGCUAUGAUUCCAAGCCCAUCGUGGAUCUCAUCGGGGCCAUGGAGACCCAAUCCGAGCCGUCUGAGCUGGAACUGGACGAUGUCGUCAUCAGCAACCCCCACAUCGAGGCCAUUCUGGAGAAUGAAGACUGGGUUGAAGAUCCCUUGGGUCUCAUGUCCCACUGCAUUGCUGUCUUGAAGAUCUGUCACACUUUGACAGGGAAGCUUGUUGCCAUGACAAUGGGCUCUGGGGCCAAGAUGAAGAAUUCAGCCAGCGUCAGCGACAUCAUCGUGGCGGCCAAGCGGAUCAGCCCCAGAGUCGACAAUGUUGUGAAAUCAAUGUACCCUCCGCUGGACCCGAAACUGCUGGACACUCGGACAACUGCCCUGCUCCUGUCUGUCAGUCAUCUGGUGCUGGUGACCAGGAAUGCCUGCCACCUGAGCGGGGGCCUGGACUGGAUUGACCAGUCACUGUCAGCCGCCGAGGAGCACUUGGAAGUCCUUCGAGAAGCAGCCCUGGCUUCUGAGCCAGACAAGGGCCUCCCAGGCCCUGAGGGCUUCCUGCAGGAGCAGUCGGCCAUUUAGUGCCCACUGCUGUCUGUGGGUGGCCCAGCUGAGCCUUCCCCUGUUCUGUAUUUGGUGGUUUCACACGACUUGGGAGCCCGGCUGUGUGCAGAGUAGAGCAGGAGAGCCCCUGUGAGUGGACGCCUCUGUUGCAGCUGCAGUUGCAGUGCUGGCUGGAGAGUGGCAGUCUAACACCACAGUUAGGGGUGACGUCUCCCUCUGUGUGCCAGGCCUUUGGAGACUUUUGGACUCUAAUCUUCAUUUGUCACUCGCUGAGUGCUUUUAGGGAAAUUGAGCCACUGAGAAUCAGGAGGUUUCACAUGACAAUCAGCCUUUCUGGCUUCAUCAGAAGGUGAGACAACUCUGAUCUGGAUUUUCAAAAGAGGACAAUCAGUUGGAACUAAGUAGGAGUUGCCUGUUUGGACAAGACUUGUGCUGUGUCACCUGGCCUGUCUCUUUUAUUUGUAUUAUCUGCCUGGUCCCUGAGGUAUCUGAGUCCCUCCUCCCCUUCACAGGUGUGGGUUUGAAGGUGAGCACUGCAGAGUUGAGUAUUCCCUUUUCUUCAUUAUGCCCGAAACUUUCCCUAGCUACCUCUAGGUGGAUAGUAAAUGUAUACUUCGUCUUCUC